CGCUGCCGUGUAAACAGUGCGAAGCUCCGUAAAUCCUUCGUUUUUUUCUGUGACGACAGAUACGUUGUAUAAUAUUUGUGGACUUUACCUGAAUAUUUUUUUACAGCGAAAGAAAUUAGUUUGAAGAUGACGCGACUUUGUUUAUCGGUGCUGUCCGUUAUUGCGGUGUUGGGCCUUGGUUCUGGACGCGUGCUGGACCGAGAUGCUCAAUCGUCAGGCGACCGCCACAAUGAAGUUCUCGAACUCUUGGCAAAAGCUGACCCUUCCGAAAAUGACAUCUUCGACGAGACCGUUCCAGAAAUGGAGGAGGAACCUGAACCAGCAAACAGCCGUAGCCCCACUCAGCACAUUCUCGAAGAAUUAUCCAGACCUAAAUACAUCGAUGCAUCCGAAUUUCGCAACGUCGAAGUAUUGCCACCAGCUCUCGACAUCAACCGACAGCUAACGCUGCUGGCGGCGUCCAAACGAAUCCGGCCGCCAGUGGAAAUCGUUCACCAGCAAGAAGAACCUGUUUUAGACGAAGAACUUGUCAAAGUGUUCUAUCGUCCUGGUUCUCCUCUAUUCAGAGAUGAUUUCCCCUCAGAGAGCAUAGAUUACAUUAUUGAACCUCUGGAAUCGGAGGUAGUAUCCAAUUCCACUGAUAAAGUCUCACCAAGAAUUUCUACAUCAGUGUCAGUAUCUAGGUCAAUUUCUUAUUCGAACGGUAGUUCAGCCGGAUUAAAUGUCCCAGCAAAUGAGACUGUUUCAUCGUCAACAUUUUCUACUACCAUUGCUUCCAUCACCUCAGCUACUUUGUCUACAACGCCCAUCGCGAAAACAUCAAAUGCAUCAGCCGCAGCCUCUGCUACAACAACAGCGAGCUCUCCAGUAGAAAAGUUCGAUGCUGAAUCCUUACCUUUGGCUGAAACAACGGCCGAAUUCUCACCCUUAAUCGCUGAAGAAGAUCCAUCGUAUGUGGUGGUGGGAGAAUACCCUCCUUACGUAGAAAGCGAUGCAUUCAGACUAGCAGAACCCUCCGAAUAUCCAGUAGAAGGAGCGUUGUCACCUCUCGCUCACAUCCUCGCCGGCUUUGGGGGGGAACAUGGACCUUUCGGGGGAGAUGUGAGGCGCGACGGUUUCAUUGAAGGGUUUAGACCAGAUGGGUUUUAGUUAAGUGAAUUAUAAACGAUGAGUUGGGAAAAAUACGUGAAUAAAAAUGAAAGGUUUCACGAUAUUUUUCCGCCACUUGGGCAAGCUCAGUAAACAGAUUCGAGAGAAUAUAUUCUUGUGUACCUUCGCAGUUGAAACAACUUUAUGAUUACCAUAUAGUUUUUAACUUAAUAAGCAUUAAAUGCGUACACAACUGAUUACUUAAAGAUUUACAACAUUACCUUCAUUAAGGGUAGAAUAAAACUUUCACGUUUAAUGUAACCAUUGAACAUAUACUGUAUAACUAUUGUACUGUGAUAUUGAAAUGUUCAUGUAUAUCGUAUUAGAAUGUAUUAUUUUGAUAUGAAAAUAUCGGAAU